GAUCGCCCCGGCAUUACUGAUGCAGCCCCGUUGCGUGCGCCUGCGUGGGUAAGUGAGGGAGGAGGCGGGCAGGGCGGGCAGGGCGCGGGCGCCUCGCACAGGAGGGCAGAUGAUGUGAAGGCGGCGCACGGGACGCGAUGCGGCCUGAGCGACAGGGCGACUAUGUCGCCGGCCAGAGCGUGGUCGCCGAUUACCUGCAGAGCAUCGUGCGAGAUGUGUUCGGGAGUACGCUCGAGCGCCGGGUGCUGCUCAACCUUAACGUGCGUUUAGAUUCUCGUUCGUUUGAACAAGGUGUCAACCGUGUCCCUCGCGGUGACGCUGGGCCAGGCGGGCGUGGACAUGGUGCUGGCCGACGACAUCGCGUCCGUCAAGGUGUCGAGAAGGCUCUUCAUCUCCACCACCUCGUGCCUCGUCGCGCAGGUGAUCCUCAGCCGCCAGGACAUCGCGAGGGUGGCUUUGCGGGAGCUGGCCGGCGUGGCCGCUGCCCUCGAGGGGGGUGCGACACUGGAGUAAGUACUGGUGGAGAGGAAGCGGCCAUAAAAACGUGAAGCUCGCUCCAGCUCUCUGUGCGGAGCGCGCGCGCUCAGACAGUGUCCGGCUGCAGUCGGGGACCGUGCCAAAACUAGUGCACUGGGCGCGCCUCCCCCGCCUUCCUUCGGCCGGCCUACACCCGCAAAGCUACGCGCCGCCACCUCUCGCCACGCCCCGCCACGCUAUACCCCGCCGAAGAUGCCAAUACCUUACCCUCGGCUCCGCCGAACGCCAGCCGAGCGCGCGAUGCACCUUCACACUACGCCACGCCACGCCCCGCAUGGCCACUGCUCUUCUCGGCGACCCCCCAAUACCCUGGACCCGAAGUCCACCCGAACGGCCGCUCGGCCGCUGCCGAAGGUAGGGUAUAGGGUAUAGGGGGCAAUAAAAUGUGCUUGAGGCCGGCUUCACUUGGAGACAAAAGAAUAGGCCUCCGCUGCCUCUC